CCCAUCUGUGCCAUACAAAUCAAACUGCCGACCAUGGUGGAGGUCGAGUGGCAACUCAUCAGCCAAGGCGCUGAGGCGAAAGUCUUCGAGACGGACUUCGCUGGCCGCCCCUGCAUCGUCAAAGAGCGCGUUAAGAAAAGCUACCGCCUGCCCGUACUGGACAAGAAACUGUCGCAUCGUCGCCUAGUGCAGGAGGCUCGCUGCAUUCUCAAGUGUCGUCGUGCUGGAGUCCUUACGCCUGUUAUCUUCCUGGUGGAUGAAGACAAUAGUCGCCUCUACCUGGAAAAGGUGGAAGGAGGCAGUCUGAAGGACUAUCUGCGACGAGCUUACAAGCUCGACCCUAAGUAUGGGAAUGAGGCGCUCAAGAAGGCUUAUCACAUUGGCGAAGCCAUUGCCAAGAUGCACGACGCCGAUAUUGUCCACGGAGACCUGACGACGUCUAACAUGAUGCUAAGCAGUGACGAUGCCACGGAUGUAACGAUGAUCGAUUUCGGUCUGGCCAACUCGCAGCCGCUGCCGGAGGACAAGGCUGUCGACCUGUAUGUGAUGGAGCGCGCGUUCGCCAGCACGCACGUCAACUCUGAGCUUCUGGUGCGUGUGGAAAAUGUUUUAAACAAGACAGAAGCGAAUUGGCGAUUGACAGCUUAUCGUUUUAUUACUGUGCUGACGACAGGUUGAGGAGGUUUUGCGUGCAUACCGAGCAAAAUCCCGCCGCUCUGAUGCGAUCUUCCAGAAGCUCUCUCAAGUGCGUCUUCGUGGUCGCAAGCGCACCAUGGUUGGAUAACUUUACAGCUGAACGUCGCUAGUCGAGUAAAGGGCAAAGUGUACCCCAAGGGUGAACACAAGAAGAUGGAUCAGUGGCAUCUUUCCUUUUUUUUUGCGGUAUGAUCGUUUGAAUAGCUCUGGUAAACGAGGAAAUAGAUAAAGAAAGCGAAUGCGAGGUGAACUUCGCUUCCUACCCCCGAAAUUCGCCAUGCGACUGCAGGUCACUCGCCAUUUGUUACAACUAUCCAACGUACUUUACCG